GGCUGACCGAGGAAGAAAGAGACGCGUUAACGGUGGAUCGGUGGAGUAGCGAGGAUCGUGAUCGUUUGAUCGUCGCUGGAAGUCAAUGUCGAGAUACACGGUCGCAGGUAGUCGCCCUCUACUACGCUCUCGCGUAAAGAUUGGGUUCGUGCGUGUAUGGAGGCUCGUAGUAGUCGCGACGCUGCCGAGAGCGGUGGCUGAAGUGCGUGCACGUCGCUCUUCGUGAUCUCUUCGCGGCCAGUGUCGGUGCGCAUUUCUUUCCACGGGAAUUCAUUGCCCGUGUACGACGGGUGAAAGUUCGAGGAAAGGGAUUAAUAAUCGACCACGGUGUCCUGGGUGUGACUCACGCGAUGUGACAAAUUUCUGACGACCUUGGCGGGACGAUGAAGCGGAAAAUGGAAGUUAAAUAGGGGGAGAAAGAAAGAGGAAGCAACGAAGAUGGGACGCUUGUCCGCGAGGGUAGAACAAGAGAAGGUGCGCGCGUUGUAAGAGGGUGGCUGCCAUGGCGAGGUGGAAAUGGAUGCUCCCGUUGCUCGCGGCCUUCUGCACCCUGACCGACGCUUACCUGGCCGUCCUCUCGUCCAGCACGCCAACCGGUAGCGUGGUGUUCGAGGCAGGUGUACCUCAACUGGGUGGUCGUCGGAAGUACGAGGUCUCCUGCGAACGAACAGCCUGGUUCGCGAGGAAAUUGCUCAAAGUACAUCCUCACACGGGUCGCGUAACUCUGGCGCGACCACUGAGCUGCGACGGCCUCCAGUAUCCGCGGAUUUUCACCUUCUACGUGGACUCGACCAGUUCCAGACUUGGCAGACCGACGAUAGACUACUACAGCCUGCCGUUGAGGAUACUGAUCACCGGAUGCGGCGGAGAAAAUCGAGACCUAGCUGCCACUCGAGGAUGGAUGGCGGAGACCUUGGCUUCGUACGCCAUGCCCAGCACCGAGAGGUUUACCGAGGUGUGCCUUAGAACGUCCCAGCUGGUUGCCGCGUUACGCGAUUUCCUUCCACAGACGGCAUUGAAGGAGUGCGAGACGAGAUGGGGAGGAGUGGCAGAUCCUAGGUUUUUGAUAGAAGGCGCCGCGGGUGAUUUGGUCUCGGCCACCGAGCAAUGUCUGGUCGAUCCACUUUGGAAGAUUUCGGUAUCGAUGAACCUUAGAUGCGGCAUGGAAUCGCGGCUGACAGACGCCGAGCAUCGUCUCAAGAUCGUAUUUCAUCAUCGUCAAUUGGACGACACGGAUUUAGGCAGGCGAGUUAGAAGAGAGCUGAAGAACCAGUCGCCGUACUUCGAACAGCCUCUCUACAUGGGAGCAGUGGAGGAGGAGAAAGAUCCAGGGGUUUAUGUUACUUCCGUUCGCGCGAGAGAUCCGGAAGGAGGAACGGUCCGUUAUUCUAUGAGCUCUCUGUUGGAUGCCAGGUCCCAGUCGUUGCUGGUUCUAGAUCCUGUUACGGGCAGAGUCACCACUCGGGCUAGGUUAGACAGAGAGAGCGUUGACGUGCAUUAUUUCCGAGUACUGGCUGUGGACGAUUCUUUUCCACCCAGAACGGGCACCACCACCCUCCAGGUGAACGUACUAGACGCGAACGAUCAUGCGCCAAGUUUCGAAUGGCCGGAAUACGACGCGUCUGUCCGAGAGGGUGUACCAGUGGGAUCAACGGUGGUUACAGUCAAAGCGACGGAUCAAGAUGCGAGUAGGAACGCCGAGCUGGAGUACACGAUCUUGUCCACGACUAGUGGCAGCGGAACGGUGAACACCGACGAUGCCUUGACUUUUCGAAUAGACCCUAGAUCAGGAGUAGUUACCACACGUACACCGCUCGACAGGGAAAAGACCGAGGUCUACACAGUGAUGCUGAGCGUGUCCGAUCAAGCGACACCACCCUCUGCAAGGAAAACAGCCAAUGCCACCCUGGUGGUACGCGUGUUGGACGAUAACGACAACUAUCCUCAGUUCACCGAACGAACCUACUCCGUGUGGAUACCAGAAGAUCUAGACUACACAGCUAAUCCUGUGAUAGCUCGUAUACGAGCCACCGACGCGGACUAUGGGAACAACGCGGCUGUUAGAUACGCCAUAAUCGGCGGAAACACCCAGAACACCUUCUCCAUAGAUUCUAUGAGCGGUGAUGUGGCUCUGGUGAAGCCCCUUGACUACGAGUCCACCAGGAGUUAUAAAAUAGUAAUACGUGCACAGGACGGUGGUACGCCUGCUCGUUCCAACACCACCCAGUUAUUGGUCCACGUGAAAGAUGUGAACGAUAACGCUCCACGAUUUUAUACGAGUCAUUUUCAAGAAUCCGUGUCGGAGAACGUGGCCAUAGGGUACUCGAUGCUGAGGAUACAGGCGUACGACGCUGACGAAGGGGCGAAUGCUCAGAUAAAGUACACUAUCGGGGCUAGAGACUUUUCUGGGGCCUCCACGGAGAACUUCCCGAUAACGGUCAACUCGGAGACUGGAUGGAUCUACACGACGAAGCAACUGGACCGGGAGCAAUGUUCCAGAUACCAGUUCACGGUAAUCGCUGCUGACUCGGGUGAAAGCCCGAAAUCGGCCAGCGCAACUGUGAUACUCACCGUCACCGACGUGAACGAUAACGAUCCCUAUUUCGACCCGAAGAACUACGAAGCCGUGGUGUCAGAGGACGAUCCACCGGGCACCCCGGUCACCUCGGUUACAGCCACCGAUCCUGACGAGGACGCGAGGAUACACUACGAGAUCACCACAGGGAACACGAGGGGUCGAUUCUCGAUAGCGUCUCAGAAUGGACGGGGUUUAAUCACGGUCGCGCAACCGCUAGAUUACAAACAAGAGAAGAGGUUCGUGCUGACCGUCACAGCGUCCGACAGCGGAGGUAGAACCGACACAGCCCUCGUCUACGUGAACGUGUCGGACGCGAAUAAUUUUUCACCCGUUUUCGAGAACGCACCCUACUCCGUCUCCGUGUUCGAGGACGCCCCAAUCGGCACUACGGUUCUGGUCGUCAGUGCAACCGAUUCGGACGUUGGAAAAAAUGCUCAAGUAACUUAUAGCUUGGACACGGAUGGAGGGGACCAAGCAGUUUCCGAAUUUACCAUUAAUCCUCAAACUGGAGCCAUAACGACCACCCGGCCCCUGGAUCGCGAGCUCGUACCCGCAUAUCUUUUGACGGUUACAGCAAGGGACGGGGGUGUACCACCUUUGUCCGACACUACCGAUGUAGAGAUAUCCGUUACGGAUGUGAACGACAAUUCUCCGGUUUUUGAGGCCCCACAGUACCAGGGUUCGAUCCCGGAAGACGUACUGGUUGGUACUAGUGUUCUGAGAGUCUCUGCUACCGACGCCGACACUGAUCUUAAUGGCAGGGUGAGAUACGCGCUGGACGACGAUGGCGAUGGUGCUUUCGCUGUAGAUUCGACCACAGGAAUAGUCAGAACAGCCAAACCAUUGGACAGAGAAUCCGUCGCGAGAUACGUCUUGAAAGCCAUUGCUAUGGACAGAGGAUCUCCCUCCCUUUCGACAACUGUGCCAGUUACCAUCAAGAUAGAAGACAUAAACGAUUCACCACCCGCCUUCGAGAACGACAAAAUCGUCCUGUACAUAGCUGAGAAUUCCCCGAUAGGCUCGACAGUCGGUGAAAUCUACGCACACGACCCAGACGAGGGUCCAAAUGCUGUGGUGCAAUAUUCUGUGAUAGGAGGCGAGGAUUCAAAUAGCUUCGCUUUGAACGUUAGACCAGGAUCUGAUCGUGCUGAAUUGAUCACUUUAGAAGAGCUGGAUUAUGAGUCACCAAAGAAAAAAUUCGAAUUGGUCGUGCGUGCUGCCUCGCCUCCUUUGAGAUCUGACGCUUUGGUCCAGAUUCUGGUCACAGACGUGAACGACAACGCGCCAGUGUUGAAAGAUUUUCAAAUCAUCUUUAAUAACUUCAAAGACUUCUUUCCCACCGCACCCAUCGGCAAAAUACCCGCCGUCGAUGCGGACGUCACCGAUAAGCUUACGUACACCAUACUCGCUGGUAAUAACGCAAAUUUGAUCGAGCUGAACAGGACUACUGGCGAGAUUCGCUUGUCACCUCAGCUGAAUACCAACGUGCCACGUGUGGCCACGAUGGAGGUCUCCGUCACUGAUGGAAUCAACGAAGUUAAAGCCACUAUGACUUUGUCUGUGCGUUUGAUCACUGAUAAGAUGCUUCUGAAUUCGAUCACUGUCAGACUGGACGAUAUGACGGCUGAAGCGUUCCUUAGUCCUCUGUUGGGUUAUUUCCUAGACGGUCUGGCGGCAAUUAUACCAUGUCCCAGAGAGAACAUAUUCCUUUUUAGCAUUCAGGAGGAUGCAAACGUUCAUGGCAAGAUCCUGAAUGUGAGUUUCUCUGCUCGCAAAGUGGAGCCAGGUGUGUCAGAUGAAUUUUACAGUCCGCAGUUCCUCCAGGAACGCGUGUACUUGAACAGAGGCAUCCUGGCGAAACUAGCUACCGUCACGGUGUUGCCUUUCGACGAUAACCUUUGCGUAAGAGAGCCCUGUUUGAAUUUCGAGGAGUGUUUGACCGUGUUGAAGUUUGGGAAUGCAUCUGGCUUCGCAAGCAGCGACACUGUGCUCUUCAGACCGAUAUAUCCGGUGACCACGUUUGCGUGCAGAUGCGCAAAGGGUUUCACCGGUAGCAAGGAGUCUUAUUUAUGCGACACGGAAGUCAACUUGUGUUAUUCGAAUCCCUGUAUGAACGACGGUACUUGUUACAGAAGAGAGGGUGGAUAUGCUUGCUCCUGUGGUCCUGAAUUCGCGGGAGAGAAUUGCGAGAUCUCUUUUGAAAAGGACUCCUGUGAACCUGGAAUUUGCAAAGGAGGUUCUCAAUGCACAAUCAAGACUACCGGUGGAUUCACUUGCGAAGGAUGCCCUGUGGCUACUUUAGAAAACGUGACACCCCUUUGCGAAUUGAAAGCGCGCAGCUUUGGUCCUGAAACCUUCCUCACAUUUGCCUCCCUUAAACAGAGGCACAGGCUGCACAUCAAACUGAGGUUCGCCACUGAAUCUGCCAAUGGUCUGUUACUCUACAACGGUCGAUACAACGAGAAACACGACUUUGUAGCCUUAGAAAUAAUCGACUCGCAAGUGCAGUUCAGCUUCUCCCUCGGUGACGAAAUUACUCGAGCAAGUGCCAGCAUACCUGGCGGAGUGUCCGACGGCCAGUGGCACGAGGUGGAAGUUUCAUACAUAAACAAAACUGUAACAGUCUCUUUGGAUAACUGCGACAUCGCUUUGGCUCUAGAAUACGGUGAAAUACUAGGGCCGAAGUGGUCUUGUGCAGGAAGAAGCGAGCAAGUGCUCGAAGAACGCUGCAGCAUCAUCACCGAGACGUGCCAUCGAUUCCUGGACCUAACAGGACCUCUACAACUGGGUGGCUUACCCGCUAUACCCUCCAGCUUCCAGAUCACAAACAAAGACUUUGUCGGCUGCAUCAGUGACCUCUACAUCGACCAUAGAUUCAUCGAUUUGAAUUCUUUCGUAGCCGAUAAUGGGACCAACCCAGGCUGCCCAGAAAAGGUUUCCUUCUGCUCGUCCAUACCGUGCAAGAACAACGGUAAAUGCCGUGAAGUGUGGUCCGGAUUCGUCUGCGAAUGCGAGGAGAACUUUGCUGGACCUACCUGCGCUGACGAGGUUGGCAAACCCUGGAACUUCCACGGGGAUGGCAUGCUUAGUUUCAAUCCUCUACUGAGACCUAUCCAGUUGCCCUGGCUGACCGCCCUCAGCCUGAGGACUCGCUCGAAGCAGGCGUUCCUCAUGAGCGUCCAAAUAGGGCAAAACAGUUCAGCGUUACUGGAGAUCAGGGAUGGUAAACUGGUCGCUUUGCUGGACGGCUCGGAUAUCAUACAGACAUCGAACAACAUAGCCGACGGGGAGUGGCAUCGAAUCGAGAUCCUCUGGCAGAGCGGGCAAGUCUCCCUGGACCAGGAUUAUCGCAACAGACCUAUAUCGUCCUCGCUGCCUGCGAAAUUACAGGGACUCUACGUGGGCAGGAUUCUUGUCGGUGGACCUGAACAAUCCACGAACACCGAACUACCGUUCUUCGACGGCUGUCUCCAGGAUAUUCGUAUCGGUACUAAUCAGAGCGUCCUGUUGCGACCGACCGUUCAGGAGAACGUCGCGACUGGCUGCAGUUCGGAGGCAGAGUGCAACGCCGACUGUCCGGAUGCAUCGAUCUGCAUGGCCAAGUGGCAGGCGAGCGAAUGCGUAUGCGCGGCAGGUCGAGUCGGGCGCAACUGCGAGCGCGUGUGCGAUUUGAAUCCCUGCAACAACACGAGCACCUGCUUGGAGGAUCCGAGUUCGCGAAGGGGUUACAGGUGCGAGUGCGACUCGCCAGAGUACUCCGGGGACUACUGCGAGAUCAAAGCCGAUCAACCUUGCCCGGCUACCUGGUGGGGUUCACCGGUCUGCGGUCCCUGCCACUGCGACGAGUCCAAAGGCUACGACCCCGCCUGCAACAAAACCACCGGCGAAUGUUAUUGCAAGGAGAACCACUAUCAACCCUCCGGGAAGAAGGAGUGCAUCCCCUGCGAGUGUUACGCGACCGGAAGCUUCGGUCCCCGCUGCGACACCGAGACAGGGCAAUGUCGGUGUCGCGUCGGUGUCAUAGGGAGAUCUUGCACGGCCUGCCCGAAUCCCUACGCGGAAGUCACCCUCCGUGGCUGCGAGGUGGUGUACGAUGGUUGUCCCAGAUCUUACGCUGAAGGUCUAUGGUGGCCCAGGACCAAAUUCGGGAUGACCGCUGUGGAAGAUUGCCCGGACACGGCCGAAGGGAAGACAUCCAGGUCCUGCGAUGACAAACUGGGCGGCUGGCAGGAGCCAGACCUGUUCAACUGCACCUCCGAAGCGUUCAUCGAACAGAGACACCAGCUGGCUGCGCUGGAAACGAAGGACUUAACACUGAACACCUACGUCGCGGUUAAGAUUGCUAAAGAUGUACAUAUUGCGGUUAAUUUGACCAAGGAACUGUACGGUGCUGACUUACUGAUCGCUGAGUCCUUGUUAAUCGCGCUGUUGCGGUACGAGGAGAGCCUGGUUGGCCUCAACCUGACCCACAGUCAGGAUAAAGACUACGUGUCCCAUCUGGUUGGCAUUGCCAGCAGCAUUUUGAAAUCUAAGUACAAGGAAAAGUGGUCCAGAAUCGAGACUCUUAAUGGGGAUACCCCUGAUAAAAUCUUGGAUGCUAUGGCGAACUACUUGAAGACUCUGACCGCAUCCCAGCAUGACACUUUCACGAGUCCUUUCGAGGUGGUUGAUACUAACGUUGUAUUGGGCUUGGACGUAGUAACCUCGGAGAGCUUAUUCGGUUACGAGACUGUAGAGUAUAAGGAAGAUCCAUCAGCGUCGACGUCCAGACCGUCUGAAGCGGAUCAGAAAGUCGUGAUACCUGAUACCUCAGGGUUUCUGUCAUCGCCUGGACUCUUUGGACCCUCGAUUACCUUCCCCAAAUACAAUAAUUACAUGGCUGAUCCGAGCAGAUUCGAUCCGUACUCCAAGAUACGUGUACCUCUUGACAUAUUAGGCAUCAAGUCAUUGAUGCAAGGGGAAUUAAACGUUAAGAAAAGUUUGGUCAAUCGAAAGGCUGUGCUGAGUUACGUGCAAUAUAAACAAUUAGGCGCCCUUCUGCCUCAAAGAUUCGACGAUUCUGUGGCAGUCAGGUGGGGCGUGGAAGUAGCAGUAGGGUCACCUGUUGUUACUGUGUCAGUUUUAGUUCCUUCUGAUGAAGGAUACGAAUCUCUAACUGGGAUUCCUUUACAGUCUCCAGUUCAGAUCAGUCUCUGGCUGAGUGAGAAGGAUGAUCUUAAGACCAGAACCAAUCCACAGUGUGUGCACUGGAGCACAACUAGAGGAGUGGGCGAAUGGAGUCGAUUGGGCUGCACCACUGAAAUCGAGGACGACUCCUUGUCUUUUGGCACAAUUGUUAAUUGCUCGUGUUUUCAACUCUCCACUUUUGCGAUACUAACUGAUGUCCUCGAUUUGGAAUACGUCCCGGAACCGUCUUUGUUGGAGGAUGUAACGAGUUACAGUGCUUUCAUGCUCGCUUUGCCUCUGCUAUUAUCCGCUUUGCUCAUCCUGGCCUUGAUACGUGGCGGUAGCACGAAUUCGAAUAGCAUACACAAAAAUCUAGUAAUGUGCGUUUUCUUCGCCGAGGUGUUAUACCUGAUCGCUCUGAAAGCCAGGAGUCCUCUAGUCUCGAACGAAUUUCCAUGCAAGUUGACGGCAAUCGGGUUGCACUAUGCCUGGUUGAGUACAUUCUCCUGGACCCUGGUUGACUCUAUUCAUCUAUAUCGAAUGCUCACUGAAAUGAGAGACGUGAACCAUGGGCAGAUGAGAUUUUAUUACACGAUGGGCUACGGUGCCCCUGCCAUCAUCGUUGGGUUGACGAUAGGGGUUAGAGCCGACCAGUAUGGAAACUUUUAUUUCUGCUGGUUGUCCAUCUACGAAACUGUGAUUUGGUCUUUGAUAGGACCAGUUUGUGUUGCCGUGUUCGUGAACUUCUGUAUCCUCAUCAUGUCAGUACGCGCGGCGUUUACGCUGAAGGAACACAUUAUGGGCUUUGGAAAUUUAAGAACGCUACUGUGGUUAUCUGUAGCCUCGUUACCUUUACUUGGAUCCACCUGGACUCUGACAGUACUUAAUGCAUCCGAGAACUCGCCGACGUUAUCAUAUUUGCUCAGCAUAGCGGUGGUGGUUCACGCAGCUUUCAGUUUGAUCGGUUAUUGCUUCAUCAACGGCAGAGUACGGAGGAACUUGUACUUGAGCCUACUGAGGUGUAUCGGAAAGAAAACUCCUCUAUUAGAGGGAAGCAUGGGAAAUGGAAGCAGUAGCCAGAACGUGAAUGGCCAUUCGCGAUCUGCGUUGGCUUACUCGUCAACAUACAGUGGCGCAGAAUCCGUGUGUAGAAGGGUUCAUGUAGGAGUCUCAACUAGUAGCACAACUUCUCGAAGUACAAAUAAGACUGGGUCCAGUCCCUAUCGUAGCGAUACGCACUUAAGGCAUACCUCGACGUCUACGAGUAAUUACAAUAGCGAUAGGGAUCCGUACUUGUCGUCUAGGAGUCAUCGAUCAGCAUUGCACUCCAGACAAGAAGUAACAGAGACACGGACACAAAGAAGGGAUUCCGAGUCCGAUUCGGACGGGUCCCAGGCGGAGGGCGGUGGUAGGAGCUUGGAUCUUGCGAGUUCGCACAGCUCCGACGAAGAGGACGUCGCGUCGAGGUCGCACAGGAACAUGGGUGUCUCGACGCAGCAGCCCGUAGCGCACAGCUACUUGCCCAAUAUUCACAGCAAUCCUGCGGAACACUUGAACAUACUUUGCUCAAACACGGAACUCUUUCCAAACAUUAAACCAAUUUACGCCCCAAGGUGGAGUUCCCAAUUGCCAGAAGCAUACCUGGCCUCAAACGUAAUGGACGUUAGGGGCAGUCAAUGGUCAGGGGGUACCAUGUCCGACAACGAGAUGGCGUCGAACAAAACGUCCAGUCCAAAUCCGUUGCCUUAUCCUGAGAUGAGCUCACCCCAGAAAAGUCAGCCCGACGAAAAUUAUUCAGAAGGCGAAGAGAAGCUUCACCAUCUGGGAGAGAAGUAUUUAUUUCCGUACACCGCUGAGGAGGAUCACACCGUCUCGCCCACACCGUACAUAUUACCAAUGUCUUCCCGGAUCCUCGCAUCCAGCAUGAGUCAUCAUUCGCAGAACUCCAACCACGAGAAUUUGAGCGGUUCAGAAAGGUAUGGAAGCUUGAAGAGGGGUCAGAGUCUGCACGGUUCUCAGCACGACAACCUCAGUGGUUCUGAAAGAUACGGUAGCUUGAAGCGUGGCAAAAUCACGCCGACUGUGCUGGAGGAUUCGCCGGAGUAUAUUCUACCUAUGAGCGGUAGAAUAUUGUCUAGUUCGUUGAGCCAUGAUCUACAGCACAGCAACGAGUUGGCUGCUCUUCGACAGCAGCAGCAGCAGCAGCAAUACGAGCAAACAAUCACUGAGACCGAGAAGGAUACUAACGCGGAAACGUCAGUAUGAUGGGCUCCGUUCUACAAACAAACACCGUACAAAGUAAUCUAACGUACUAUUAGCUUAAAAUUCAAAUGAAAUAUAUAUAAAUAUAUACAUAUAUUUCUUAGAGCUGUAAUUGUUCUAAGAUAUAUUUUAAGAGCGGCCAUGACUAUACUUAAGAGGAUAGCCAUAUCGGUUAGUAUGUAUGUGUGAGUGCCUGUACGUAUGUAUCUAUUAUAUACGCAUACGCUUGUCGUUAUUUUGUUCAUUUCGUGUGAUUUUACGCCUCGGUUUCGAAGCGUGACUCUUCCGAUUCUUUUAUAGUCGGAAGACAAAAUGAUCUCUAGUUCAUUUCAUUGCUCGUGUAAUUAACUUCACUUUCUCCAGUACCUUAAUUCUCUUAACUCAUUAUUUGUGCAAUGUAUACAUUCCACUUCCUUUUUUUUUUUAUACAUAUAUAUUUAGAU